AUGCCAUGCCCCGAUGAAGGGUAUUGCGAAACGAAGACUGGUUACUGCUGCAAGACUGAGGAUGCCGUCGCAACAACACCAUCCUCAGUGAUUGGAAGGCCGCCACCCGUUCCGGUAAGAACUCGUCCCUGGCGCGGCCAGACAUGCGUCGUGCAAGAAGGAUGCGACGGUGGUGCAGCGUGCAUAUGCGAUAACGGCAACAGGUGCCGGUGCGAGUGUCCGACAGAGCUCGGCUACACUAUAGCCGCUGAUGGAAAAUCAUGCCAAAGAGUGAGAAGACGACUCAAGGUAGUCGAAACUGGACGACAAUCUUCGCGAUUCAGUUCAAAUUCGGACGAGUUAUGCCAUGUCCUGAUGAAGGGUAUUGCGAACGCAAGACUGGAGAAAUGCAAGACGGACAUGGAGUGUUCGUCAGCGUUUUCUGAGUGUUCAACAGGAGGAUGUCGUUGCAAGAAAGGCUUCCAGAGAGAUGGUCGAGGCGGCUGUAAGCCCAUAAGUAAGUUUUUCGUAAAUAGCAAGUAUAGCAGAUGA